UCAACCUUCGCUGUUGGCCAGCCUGCUACGCCAUAACCUAAUACUACACAAGCAUUCAUAAAGCGACGUUCUUUUGGACUCGGCAACCAUUGGGAGAAGGUUGUGGUGAUCUGAAUAUUUAGUAUAAAUUUGUGUUUUUAGCGUUCAUUUAUCAGUUAAGUGAUCAAAAAUGUCUUUCAAUCAAGAUAUUAAAACAGAAAACGGUGGUGAAUUCGCCCAAGAUGUUGAAAUGAAAACUCACAAUACGGACGGCAGUGGUGACGCAUCAACAACACAAAAUGGACACGCGGGAAAGCCUCGUUUCGACGAUAGAAAAUUAUUCAUCGGUGGACUGAGUGCCGAAACUACCGAACAACAAUUACGCGAUCAUUUCGUUCAAUACGGUGCCAUCGACUCCGUGGAUGUGAAAAGCGACCCAAAUACCGGCAGAUCAAAAGGAUUCGCAUUUUUAGUGUUCGCGUCCGUGGACUCCAUUGAAAAAGCGCUUGCGGUCAGUGAACAUGUCAUUAAUUCUAAGAAAAUAGACGUUAAGAAAGCAAAAGCGAAACACGGAAAGUUCUUCGUCGGCGGUUUAAAUACAACAAUAACCGACGAUGAUAUUAAAACUCAUUUCGGCCAAUUUGGAAAUAUCGUCGAGGUCGAACUACCCUUUGAUAAAACAAAGAACCAAAGGAAAGGGUUCUGCUUCAUCACUUUCGACUCUAUUCAAGACGUGAACGAAUUAUUGAAGACCCCCAAACAAACAAUCGCCGGCAAAGAAGUUGAUGUAAAAAGGGCGACGCCAUCCGGCAAUAUACCAACCAGGGGUGGAUUCGGCGGAGCAGUCAGGGGACGCGGUGGCCGAGGUGGCGCUUGGGGAGGCGCCAACUAUGGCGGUUUCGGCGGCUAUAACCAAGGCUACGGCGGCAACUAUGGUGGAUACGGACAGGGCGGCUAUGGAGGUUAUGGCGGUUACGAUUACGCGGCCGGUUACUCCUCGGGCGGACAAAGAAAUUCGGGCUAUGGCGGAUACACCUCAGGCUAUCAACGCGGCGGCGGUGGCAGACAAUACCGACCCCAGCCUUAUUAAGAGAAGUUUAGUGUAAGUUUCGGUAUAGACAGAAGUGUUUUAUUUGUAUUGUGGAACAUCUCGGGACAAGAGUGCAGUUACAUCUCUGUAC